AUGGCAGAAGAAGAAACGGUUAAAAUUGAUGAAGUAAUUAAUGAAAAAGAAAGAAAGAAAUUAGAAAAGAAAAAGAAAAGGGAGGAAGAAGAAAAGGCUAAGCUUGAAAUGAUGACUGAAGAAGAAAAAAUUGCUUACAAUAAGAAAAUGGAAAAAAUUAAACAACAAGAAGAACGUGCUGAAUCUAAACAACACCAAGAACACAAAAAACAACAACAUAAAGUUAUAAGUGAAGAAGGACCUAAAAAAGUCAAAAAAUCAAAACCACAACCACCACCUACUGCUUUCCAAUUACAUAAAGCUGAUACUGAGUUAGGAAACAAACCAUGGAAAGAACUAUCUGUUGAACAAAAACAAAAAUUCUUAACAAUGGAAAAAGAAAAAAAAGCUGAGUAUGAUGAAGCAAUGAAAGAAUAUCAAGAAACUCAAGAAGUCUUGAACAGAGCAGCUGAAAAGAAAAAAGCAAAAAAAGUAGUAAAGUCAAAAAAAGGAAAAAAAGAAGAAAGUUGUGAUGAAGAAAGUGAAGAAGAAGAAGAAAAAAAACCAGUCAAUAAAGAAACAAAAAAAGCAGUUAAAAAGACUUCUAAAAAGAAAAAUAAAAAAGGAAAGAAAAGAGAAGAAGAAGAAGAUAGUGAUGAUGACAAAUAUGAAUUAGGUAAAUUAAAUGAAACAAUUCCUGAACCAAAAAAGAAAAGCAAAGGUAAAAUUGUUGAAAUUAGUGAUAUUCCUAAAAAGAAAGGAGGAAAUGGUUCAGUUGAUGAUGAUUUUAUGGCUGCAUAUCUUGGAAUGCAACAUAAUAGAAUUGGAGGAGAAGGUGUUAUUGAUCUUGAUGAAUUGAUUAGAAAAACUGAGGAAGAUCAAAAAGCUGAUGAAGAGGCAACAAUUGCCAAAACAGAAAAAUCAGAAAAGAAAGAGAAAAAAAAAGAAAAGAAAGUUACAAAAAGAAAGAAAGUAGAGAUGGUAGAUUUCUCUUCUGUUGUAAAGAAGUAG